ACUGCUGUUAUAAGGACAAUUUGGAGAAGUUAAGAUUCAUUUAAUUACUAAGAAGCCUCUUGUUCAAUUUAUCUUCCAUGGAGUUUUUCCUCUCAUUGUUUCUUUCCCCUCAAGCAUACACCAAAUCCAUGUCAUCCCAUAGUAAAAAAGGAAGUUGAAGAAGGCAAAGAGACAAUGAAAUUGUAAUAUAAUAUAAGGUUGUUUGGCAGAAGGGGGAAAACAGACUAUUUUUCUUCUUAUUAAGGAGCUGUUCUUCAAGAGAGAUCUAUAAAUGGUUUAUUAAUUGCUUGUUUCUUUUAUGUUUGAGAUUACUUGAGAGAGAAAAUGGGAAAGACGAGCAAAUGGCUGAGGAACUUUCUGACAGGAAAGAAAGACAAAGAGAAGGAAAAAUGCCCAAGUAAUCAGAUUUUUUCGACUACUUCCGAGUAUCCGGCCACCCCGAUAUCAAUCCGACACAAUCCUAAGGAGAAAAAACGAUGGAGUUUCCGAAGACCGUCGGCUGCAGCGGCGGUGUUGGUGUCGUCAAGAGACUCAUUCCCAUUCCCUCUUGAGAUGGUUAGCACAUCAAUGCCUGUGGCACAGGCUGCAAUGGAUGUAGAUUAUGAGGAGAAUAAGAAGCAAGACUUGGCCAUGGUGGUGGCAAAAGCUGAGGUUGCUGAUGCUGCUGUGGCUGCUGCACAGGCUGCAGCUACUGCAAUUCGGCUAACUGAAGUUGCCUAUGUGAAAGCUACUGAAUUUGAGGAGGCUGCUGCCAUCAAGAUUCAAUCAGUCUUCCGGUCUUAUUUGGCAAGAAAAGCACUCCGGGCAUUGAGAGGAUUGGUGAAGUUGCAAGCACUGGCUAGGGGUCAUCUCGUUAGAAAACAGGCUAAAGCUACUCUCCGGUGUAUGCAAGCAUUGAUCAUAGUGCAGGCUCGAGCUCGUGCACAAAGGAUCAGGAUGAUUGAAGUGACAAAUAAUCUUUCAUAUCAACGACAACCGUUUCUCGUUGAAUCAUUUAAUGAAGAUCAUUUUGGUUAUGCCAAUCAUGUUGCUGAGGAAAAUAUUAAGAUUGUGGAGAUGGAUCAUGGAGAAUACAAACGAGGCUCUAAGAACAGGACAAACUAUGAACAUGUCUUUGCCACACAUCAUUCACACCAUGUCUCACAACCACCAUCUGCUCUAACCGACAUCGACGCACGAGGUUGCAGCCGCCAUUUCGAGGACUAUUCCAUCAGCACUGUACAAAGCAGCCCUCAAGAUUACUUGGCCAAGUCUAAACCUGACCCCACAAAAAGUAGUCCUAUUGGUUUUCCCACAUCAGAAUGUAUGCAAUCUCUGUCCUUUGAAUAUCCAAUGUUCCCAAGUUACAUGGCCAAUACAGAAUCUUCAAGAGCGAAAGCUCGGUCGCAGAGUGCGCCUAAGGCAAGGCCUGAAUCAUUCGAGAGGCAGUCAAGCAGAAGGAAGGCAUCAACUGAAGCAAAGAACAUCUUGAAGGCCGUGCAGAUACAGCGAUCGUCUUCUCUCCUAGGUUGCGCCGCUCAAGACUUGCAGUAUCCAUUGUUGAUGAAGCUUGACAAAUCAACAAGUUCGCUCAAUAAUAGUGAAUGUGGUUCCACAAGUACACUGCUCACAAAUACAAACUACAGAUCUCUUGUUACAUGUGAAGGCAAUGGAAACAGGUACUAAAGAAAUUCUACAGCAACUAAAUAGUAUAAGUAAAUGUUAGGAAUCACUUUCUAUGAUCUUUUGUUAACUUAUUUAGUGUUAUUGUAAAGAAACUGCAGCAGUCUGAGUUAUGUCCUUCACACUUUGUAGUUCAAAUUAUUUCAUGUUUAGAUUAAUGUUUAAAGAAAUGAGGAGCCUGCCAUUAUCAGUAAUCACUCUAU